ACCCCGUGGCUCUUAUCGACAGUCGUGAUCCGACCGCGCUGUGGGUCGGACGCAUCGCACGCUUGCAUGGGUGAAUUACAAUAUCCCGGCGCACCGGGCGUCGUUGACGAUGAACGGCAGUACAGGGCUCCGUUCCGGAGGGCGCCACAGUACAGGUGGCCGACGCCGCAGCCCCCGCAGCCCUCGGCCUUCGCCCCGUGGCGUAGGGCACCAGCGCCACCUAGGCCUCCUGAUUACAGACGCAGUGCCUCUUACCCUGGGAAACCAGAUGAACCGUUUCAGGAAAGGGGAGGAUUAGACAAUAUGAGAUCACUAGAACACUAUUUAACGGACAUUAUGCGAGCUGACACAUCUGAACACAUGAAAGGCAAGUCGCCGUUCUUCCCCGGCGUGGAGGAGGCGAGCGUGGCGAGCGCGGCCGGCGCUGGCUCGCCGUCUGGCCCCACCGACCAGACGCAAGAUGUGGUGUCGAGGCUCAGUGCUGCAGGGCUGUCCAUGUGCGUGAGCGCGCUCGGCUCGCCGGCGCGUUCGUCGCCCGUGUCGGCCGGCUCGGAGCACGGCGAGCGGUUCAGCCGGAAGGUGUUUGUGGGCGGUCUGCCGCCCGACAUUGAUGAAGACGAGAUCACGUCAUCGUUCCGCCGCUUCGGGCCGCUGGUGGUGGACUGGCCGCACAAAGCCGAGAGCAAGAGCUACUUUCCGCCCAAGGGCUACGCUUUCCUACUGUUUCAGGACGAGAGCUCGGUGGCGGCGCUGAUGGAGGCGUGCAUCACGGACGACGACAAGCUGUACCUGUGCGUCUCGUCGCCGACCAUCCGCGACAAGCCGGUGCAGAUCCGGCCGUGGCGGCUCGCCGACGCCGACUUCGUGCUCGACGCCUCCAUGCCGCUCGACCCGCGCAAGACGGUCUUCGUCGGCGGCGUGCCGCGCCCGCUCAAGGCCGUGGAGCUGGCGAUGAUAAUGGACCGGCUGUACGGCGGCGUGUGCUACGCCGGCAUCGACACCGACCCCGAGCUCAAGUAUCCCAAGGGCGCGGGGCGCGUCGCGUUCUCGAACCAGCAGUCGUACAUCGCGGCGAUCUCGGCGCGCUUCGUGCAGCUGCAGCACGGCGACAUCGACAAGCGGGUCGAGGUGAAGCCGUACGUGCUGGACGACCAGAUGUGCGACGAGUGCGCCGGCGCGCGCUGCGGCUCCAAGUUCGCGCCCUUCUUCUGCGCCAACGUCACCUGCCUGCAGUACUACUGCGAGCACUGCUGGGCGACGAUCCACUCGCGCCCCGGCCGCGAGUUCCACAAGCCGCUCGUGAAG